AUGGCUUCCGACGCAAAAGUAGAAGACAAGCCCGCUGCAGCCGCCCCCGAGACCAAGGACACCAAGGCCACGAUUGCGCAGGGCGAGGACGACGAGUUUGAGGAUUUCCCCGUUGAUGACUGGCCACAAGAGCAGACCGAGGCUGCGCAAAGCAACAGCGAGACAAAGCAUCUCUGGGAGGAGAGCUGGGAUGAUGAUGACACAACAGACGACUUUUCAACACAACUCAAGGAGGAGUUGAAGAAGGUCGAGGCGGCAAAGAGAAGAUGA